AUGAUUACGUCACUUCCUGACGACAUCAUCGUCGAUAUUAUAGCGCAUGUGUCGAGAUGGGACUAUCCAAAUCUCUGCCUUGUCUCUAAAUACUUCCGGUCACUCGUUUCAUCGUGUGAGCUAUACCGUAGACGAUCCUUGUUGGGCUGCACCGAAGCUUGUAUCUAUUCUGCUCUCUUGGAUUACGAAACUAAUAGAUAUCAUUUGUAUGUUCUUCGUCGUCGUCUGAAAGGAAACAACGUCAACAGUUGCUCUUUUGUCCGUAUCGCGUCGCUUCCUCCUAUGCCUUUCCAAGCAAGUUAUGUCUCGGUUGGUUCCAAGAUCUAUGUGUUAAGUGGGUUCUCGAGAUCAGGUUCCUUUAGCAUAGACUGUACGUCUCACACUGUGCAGCCCUUCUCCGAGAACCCUCAUGGACCCAAGGCUAGAAAGCUCCUUGACGUCAUCGACAAAAAGAUUUUCGUAAUGGGAUCAGUGUUCGAACAUGACCUUGCAAAUUUAAUGAAGGUAAUGCUGGUGUUCAAUACAGAAACACAAACGUGGGAGCCUGAGAUGACAACGAAGCCAAGCAAAGAGUUACGUCGGUUCUGGUAUGACAACGUGGUGAUUGCGGGUAAGAUGUACGUGAGGGAUUCUCGUUUUGACGAGAGCUUUGUUUACGAGCCAAAGGAAGAUAAAUGGGAACCGGACGAGAUUUUGAAUUCUAAUAAGUGGUACCGUGGUUGCGUUCUUGAUGACCUAUUGUACUACUAUGAUCCUUAUGAGAACAAGUUAAGAGUGUAUGAUUCUAAGCACAAGUGCUGGGAAGUGGUGAAAGGUUUGGAAGAAUUUUUCCCUCAUACAGCCUUUAAAUGGUCAGACACUGUGACUUAUGGUUGGAGGAGACUAGCUGUGUUCUUCAUUAAAGGUGAAGAUAGGUCGACUAUAAGAAAAGAGAUUUGGUGUGCACAGAUCGCGAUUGAAAGACGCCAGGGACAUAUUUGGGGUAAACUUGAGUCGUAUGAUCUUGUGUUUGACAGCUACUUUCGCUUCAACAAAACUCUACCGGUUUUGGUUUGA